GUUCCAAACUUGCGCGCGUUCGUAUCAUUGGUUGUUGGCGUGUUUAUGAACUAUGACAGGAAAUAAAAUAGAUGACGUGUUAGAAGCACAAGACAAAAAGUAGAGCUAACAGGCCAAAUGGUUUUGUUGUGCCGAGUUUGCUUUUAAAAUAAGUAUCGUCGACCAACUUGUAAACUGUGAUAUGAAUUGGGUUCGUAGGAUACUUGAUGUGAUAUUGCAUCAAUGAAAUUGCAUCUAAAGUAGCUAGAUGUUUAGUAUACGGAUCAUUAUAUCAAUUGUUGUACGUUGGGCCUCUUGAUGUGACUAUUUUGGUGUUUCAAUGUAAGUCGUAACUAGACAGUAUAAUUACAUUCUUUGCUUAUACGUAAUGUGUUCGACUCAUUUAUCAGUUAAAACACUGACGGUUUGUACACUUAUAAACCACUAUUGUGUUACAAUUUCUCAUAUUAUUGGCUACAAUACGUACCUGUUGGUUUCAAACUUAUGUUACCUAUCUUUUCGAAACAGUAUGUGUUUGUUAACAUUAGAAAUAUGUUUUGUGCAACUCAUAAACCUCAUUAUAAGCAAUAAGUACCGGAACUAACAAGUCUUCGCUGCCUCUCAAAGUGAGACUGAUUACGUGUCAGUAGCAUUUCUAUUAAAGUCUAAGGUUAAUUUGAAGACCGAGAAAUAAAUUACAGGAAGUGAGACUAAAUGUUAGAUUAGGAACGCCUCUCUCAGUAGACUUGAGUAUACAACGCUGAAAAGUUCUAGGUCUUUUUGGACCACAUUGUAGCUCAAUAACUACCGGGUAUUUUAGUUAUAAAUUUUAGCGAGUCUGUCUCUAGACACUAUCUAAUAUUCACUUAUCGUUUUGUUUAGUUUUUCAGUUAACAAUCUUGAACCAUCACGAAUGUUCUCCCCUUUGAUGAUAUAUUAUUUUAUUAAUAAUGGUAGAACUAAUUGAUGCGUUGUAAGGAAGGACCUUGGGCCGUACUAUCCGAAUUUCAAAUGAAAUCUGUAGAUGUUUUGGUUAAACCAUCUACUGAACCAUUGCUUCCACCGAAUUUGGCCGGGUUUGUGUGUGGUGGUAUUUCGGGAACAGUUUCUCGAACAGUUACGGCGCCUAUGGAUCGUUUGAAAGUCCUCAGGCAAAUGGAAAUUCCAGAAAUCCUAGGUAAAAACAUGGUUUCAAGCUUGCGCAUAAUGAUCAAAGAAGGUGGCAUUCUGUCAUUAUGGCGAGGUAAUGGGGUGAAUAUUUUAAAAAACUGCCCUGAAAGUGCUAUUCGUUUUGGUCUUCACGGAUGGCUUAAGUCAGUAAUUUUUCCUAAUAUCAAAGGACCACUACCUCCAGAAGAUCGUUUGUUGGUAGCUAGUCUGUCUGGUGCCGCAUCGUUAACAAUUACUUAUCCAGUUGAGAUUUUAAAAACUCGAAUGGCUCUGCGUAGAUCACAUGAAACCAAUUCCAUAUUUUCUGUAAUCCGAAAACUACAUAAUGAGGGUGGUUUCCGAGGAUUUUAUCGAGGCUACAAAAUCAGUAUGAUGAGUUACGUACCGUAUUCUGGAAUGGAGUUAUGCCUUUAUGAGAUGCUCAAACAGCGUUAUAUAGAGUAUCGUUAUUUUCUCCAACCUAACACAGAUCGUACAAUGAAGCUUCAUAUACCAGCUAUGGUAACUGUUUCAUUGAUUUUAGUAUCUUGUUGCAUCCCAAUGAUGAUUACUUAUCCGGCCAACUUACUUCGUACUCGAUAUCAAGCAUCACCAUCUCCGUCUGCUGCUCCUAUUAUCAAAUCUUUGUGUUCCAUUGUACAGAGAAAUGGGUUUAAAGGACUUUAUCGUGGAUUAAGUGCUAGUUUGUCAAAAACUGUUCCAUCUGUUUGUGUUACUUAUCUCGUUUUCGAAUUUACCUCUGAAUUGUUUGGUGUUCCUGGACUUGGUUGUAAGUAACGAAUUCGUAAGAGUUGGUGCUCAAUUUGUAGAGAAGUCAAUUAGAUUAAUUUAUCGUACAUCCGUAAAUUUGUAUCUUGAGUUUUUCUUAAGAAAAAUUUUUCAGUUGCAUUUGUCUUCUUUUCCUUCGAUCAACUAAAAGUUAGGACUGAUUCAUCUUGUUUUCGAUCAUGAUGUUGACAUAUUGAAAUGUCUUUCAGUAAGUCUUAAUCUAUUUUCGUAAAUGAAUAUCGAUAAACGUUUUUUGUACUUUAACUGUAGUUUUUUUAGAGUGUAUUUAAUCCGAUAUGUACUAUGGUUUAUUUUCCUCUUCAUUCAUUUUUUUUCGCACCCUAUACUCAAAUUUGUUUCUAGUUGUAUAUCAAUGAAUCGUCGGUGGUUAUCAAUCGUUCUUAUUUUCGUGUGUCGCUAUUCACUACAGAAGUUUCUUUCAUUUUCCUAACAGCCUGCCAGUUUUUCUCUUCCUUUGUCACUUAAAGUGAACCAGUUGCCUCUGGUUACAUAAUUUUCUUUACCUUAUCAAUUUUUUGAGUUUGUGUUGUCUAUUCAUUUAGAGGAUAUAAAACAAUCAGUAUUUUUAUCAAACAUCGUAUCAGUAAAGAAAUGGUAUUUAGUUUUCCUUUCAAUAUUUCUACAACAAUAUUCAUAUUAGUAAUAAUAAAAAUACCUGUGUAUUUUGUUUGGAACAAAUGUGUAAAUGAAAUAAUUACCUAGAUAUUUAAAAUUCAGCGCUAAUUUUCCAUGGUGCUCAUUAUUAAUCGUGCAACGCAUUCAGUUUUGGAUGGAAUAUUGUCAAUAAGUUAAUAUAUCACUUCCAACUUCUCCAGAUAUUUAGGUCAUAACUUUUUUUUAGAACUUCUUGAAAUGCAUCUCGAAGCUAGUUAACAUGCACUUGCUGUCAAGUGACUUUGUAAUAUCAAUUACUUUCAACAAUUCAAAACCACUUCACUUGAUGAGAUACUUUCAGUCCAUAAUGGUUGUUCACAAUUGCAAUAAUAAUUGACAUAUAACGUUUCUCCCCCUCUGAAUGCAAACUGUUGCUUCAGGACUAGCUUGCGUCAGCACCUGAACUAAAGAUAGGAAGUGACGUAGUCGGACGCGUUGACAAAUACACUUAUCUUGGAAGUCUGAUCAGUCCUAAUAGGUUGGUGUCUGACGAAAUCUUUACAUGGAUUCAAAAAGCUCGUUUGGUUUUCGCCAACUUACGUCACAUAUAGCGAAAGCGAGGUAUCCGUCUAUCAAUUAAAGAACGAAUAUACUGAGUAGCACUUUCUUCUGUUUUACUUUACAGUUGCGAAACGUGGCCGUUAGGAGUAGAUAGUACUCGUAAGUUACUAAUAUUUGGUCACAGAUGUCUUUGAAAUAUUGCUCACAUCUUCUGGGAUCAGUGGGUGAGUAAUAGUGAGGUUAGACGCAUGGUAUUGGGGAAUGAUGGUAAAUCAGUUGAU